UUUGUUCCUUUUUGUCUCACAGUUGAGUAAGAAAUGUGAUAUUGUCAACUUGUCAAUUUCAACUCUUGAUUAAGUGAUGUUUUUUUUUGUUCUAAGUUACUUGCCAAUGCCAUAUAAUUUUUCAAGAAAAACCCUGAUCCUCAAAAGUCAAUUCAACCAGCUGUUUGUUUGAGAAAGAUGUCUUUGGUUCUUUUUCAUGAAUGCAUCUUACCUAGUUGCAUUUGGUCUGUAAAAACAUCCUUGUCGAUAUCAAUCUUUCCAUAGUUCAGGUGUUCUUUAAAAACAGUAGAAAAAGAUGCAAACUUGCACCUUUCGUCUUCAUCUUGGCCAAAAGCAAAAUGGAGAAAGGACUUGACCAGACCAGGCACUGGAUUUCUUGCAAGAUUAAUGACAUGUUCAUGUAACUGACGUGGCAAAAUGCAAUCUUUUUUCAAUUUUGUUUUCUCUAUAAUACGAUGAGGAGCAGAGGAAAGGACAGACACUUUACUAUUUGAACUUGCCCGAAGGCCAAAGAGAAAAGCAAAGCUCUUGUCCUUUGCCCAUAAGUCGUCUGCUCAGCCACAUUACAUGCAUUAAGCCACUACAACCAAAAGCACAGAGAAAAUUCAAAUGGAGAUCAAUCAAACCUUACCCUCCAAAACACUCGCCAUCACAGACCCACCAGAGAACCCUUCUUUACAAACUCAACCGCCACAACAACAAGAGCAGCAGCAGCUAAAACGGCGUCGUUACAUUGACAAGCAUUCCACAGUGAACGGCCGUCACAGGCGGGUCAGAAUACCCGUGACCUGUUGCCCCGGUAUUUUCCGGCUGACCCAAGAACUGGGUCACCGAUCCGACGGCGACACCAUCCAGUGGCUCCUCUCCCAGGUCAGACCUGAGCUCGUCCUCCCUCCACAAUCCAACAACAGGACCCGUCGGCUUCCACCCGACCCAGUUCCCCAACCCAAUUGCAGAUACCCGGGUGCAGCAGAAGAUGGGUUGGAUCACAAGGCAGUGGCUCGUCUUCCGAGCGUCACUGUGAGGGCUACUGUGGUUCAAGCAUCCACUGUGUUCUUCGACACUCCAGCGACUCUAGAUAAAGCAGAGAGACUAGUUGCUGGUGCAGCUGCAUAUGGAUCGCAAUUGGUUGUGUUUCCUGAAGCAUUUGUUGGUGGUUAUCCCCGUGGUUUGAUGUUUGAUUCUGCAACCGCAACUCUUUCGGCGGAGGAGAAGCAGGCCUUUGAGAAGUACUAUGCCUCAGCCAUUGAUGUGCCUGGUCCUGAAGUAGACAGGCUAGCAAAAAUUGCAAGUAAAUAUAAAGUUCACUUAGUAAUGGGAGUAGUGGAGAGAGUUGGAUUCUAUCUCUGUAGCACAGUGUUAUUUUUCGAUUCAUUUGGCCAGUGUCUUGGAAAACAUCCCAAGCUACGACCACUGGCGUCAGAAUCUCCGGUAUGGUGUUCUGGAGCAAAAUUGCCACUGUCUGUGUAUGACACUGAAAUUGGGAGAAUAGGUGGCAUUGUUUGUUGGGACAACAGAAUGCCAGAUCUAAGAACCCAAUUAUAUGCCAAAGGCAUUGAAAUAUAUUGUGCACCCACAGCUGAAGCAAGGGAGAUUUGGCGCUCAUCCAUGACCCAUAUUGCCCUAGAAGGUGGCUGCUUUGUUCUAUCUGCAAACCAGUUCUGCAGACGAAAAGACUAUCCACUGCCACUGGAAUGUGUUUCUGGAGAUUCAAAUGAUGCGACAUCCUUGGAUAUCAUAUGUGCUGGUGGGAGUGUUAUUGUUUCCCCAUCAGGAACCAUAUUGGCUGGACCUAAUUACCAAGGAGAAUCCCUUAUCUCGGCUGAUCUAGAUCUUGUAGAGAUUGCUCGAGCAAAACUAGAAUUUGGCGGAGUUGGGCUUGGGCACAACGCAGGGCCAAAUGCUGUUGGUUGGAGGAGGACAAGCAUACCGAAUCCCGAUUUGUUUGCUGCAACCGUGAAAACAGAAGUUUCUGAUCAUGCAAAUGUGCUGUAUGCAUGACUCUGACUCUACCUUGUAGUGCCCCGACUCUGACUACUAAUGUAGACUCUGCUUGAAAAUAGCCACCUUAAUCUACUAGAACUAGGAAGUAUCUUGUAGUAAGCUUUUGAACUUAGUGACUGUUGUAGCCAUAUGAAUAUUUUUCUCCAGCUCAUGCCUGCCUAUUAGAUUAUAUUGUACAGUUGAUCAGAUGUUGGUUAGAUUAAUUUGAAGUUGUAACAUCUCACGAUCUUUUUUGCUCUGAAUUUUGGCA